AUGGCCCAAACCAACAUCCUAGUAACAGGCGGCUGCGGCUUCAUAGCCACCUCAAUAAUCUCUGCCCUGCUCGCCACAAAACAAUACAGCAUAACCGCCAUCGACAUCAACCCCCCCUCCCUCGGCAGCACCACCUUCACACGUAGCGUCCGCUACGUCCGCUGCGACAUCCUCGAUAUCUCCUCUCUGCGUUCUGUAUUCCAUGAAGCGCAGCCCGCCAUUGUCGUCCACACCGUGGGGGCCUUCACGCUAGGCGCCCGGCGGUACAGUACUCGUGGCCAGGAGUUUUUGUUCAAGGUGAAUGUUGACGGGACGAAGAAUGUGGUUGAGGCGAGUAAGGAGUGUGGGGCAAGGGGGUUGGUGUAUACGAGUAGUACGACUGUGGUGCUUGAUAAAUUGGAUUGUGAUUUUAGGAAUGUGGAUGAGAUGUGGCCGGUUGGUGAGGUGGAUACUGGGUAUGGGCUGAGUAAGUCCAUAGCAGAAACCCACACCCUCACUUCCUCCACCCCCUCCUUCGCCACCACCGCCCUUCGCCUAGCCCCAACCUUCGGCCCAUCAGACACCACCAUAAUCCCCACAAUCCAUGCCUGCAUCGCCACUCACCAAACGUCCUUUAUCCUCGGCACCGGGAAAAACCUCCAAGACUACGUUUACGUCGAAAACGUCGCCCACGCCCAUGUGCUCGCCGUGUCGAACCUGCUAGGUCCGCAAACCGCCGCGGGAGAAGCGUUUUUUAUUACAAACGGAGAGCCGGUUACGCUGAGGGAUUUCUGUUGUGAGGUUUGGAAGCAGUUUGGCCAUGUGCCUGCGUGGGAGGUUAGGGUGCCGGAGGCGGUGGCGUGGUGGGCGGGGUGGGUGGCGGAGGGUGUGGAUUGGGUUAGGGGGACUGAGGGUGUGUUUAGUAGGGGGGUUGUGGGGGAGGGGUGUAGAGAUAGGUAUGUUUGUAUUGAUAAGGCGAGGGAGUUGUUGGGGUAUGUGCCAAAGGUGGGUUUGGAGGAGGGGAUUAGGGUCACGUGUCAGCAUUAUAAAGCGAAACUUGAGGGGCAAAAGAGAAAGUGA